AACUAGAGGGGUUGUGGCCUCGCUUUCCCGGUGUGUGGAGUAUGUUGUGGACUCAGUCCUACCCGAAGAUCGGUCUAUGAGCUCUGAGCUCGCUCUGUAAUGGGGAAGACUGGCUGGGUGACCAGCAAUCGACCGAGGUGAAUCACACACAGAGUGUGUGAUGUGGUCUCAGACCUAGCCGAAGAUGAUCGGAAGAUCGGUCACUACGAGAUGACCGCUUUCCCUACGGGAAAGGUUGACUGGGUAGUGGGUAACCAGCAGACGACCGUGGUGAAUAACAGUGACUCAAGAAAGAUCUACAAGAGGAUCCGGACCUAAGAGCCAGUGGUAAACAAAAUGAAGGAAGGAGCACCCAGAAUCGUUUGACACACCAGAACCACUAAUUAAGAGUUGUGAGUGUUUAGUGCAGAUGUAGAGUCACCAUGGAUGGCGGCCUGUUGUCUCUCAAGUGGAACAACCACCGCUCCACUUUUCUCCAUGUCCUCUCCACUGUGAGGCAUAAGGAGUCGUAUUGUGAUGUAACCAUUGCCUGUGAUGGAAAGUUCUACCCAGUGCACAAGCUUGUACUCUCAACCUGCAGCGAGUACUUUGAGCAGAUGUUUGAGCGGACCAACUGCCGUCAUCCAAUCAUUGUGCUCAAGGACAUCCGCAAGGAGGACCUGGAGGCGCUGCUGAACUACAUGUAUGUUGGGGAGGUGAAUGUCCUACAAAACAACCUCUCAGGGCUGAUCAAGGCAGCAGAGGGUCUAAGAAUCAAGGGUCUUGCUGUGCCUGAUGAGUCACCAGUUGAGGCAGAGACGGGCCAGGAUGCCAAACGGAGCGUCCCUUGGGCUUCUGACGGGCCGGACAGCAAACGGCGGCGCCCAGAAGAGCAGCCAUUGUCCUCUCAGAAGUCAGUUCAUCCUGCAGGAGACAAGAACAGCCAAGAGAGGUCAUCAGGAGGGUACAGAGAACCCUUCAGAAUCCCAACAAGGAACAGAGAGACGGGACGAGGGGCAACGGUCAGUCCUAACCCAACACCUAUCCCGCCAAGCCCCGAGACCCACCAACCCAAUACCUCCCUCGCAGACCCUCCCCCAGACCUCCUCCACCCAGCAUCCCGUGAUCUCCCAGUCCCUCCCUCCCAGGCAGCCACCAGUAACGAAUCUACCAACUCCAGCAACGAGUCUGUGGGACCAGUAGAACAAGAGGUGAAGGUGGAUGAGCCACUAGUCAAGGAGGAGCCACAGGAGAGUUACAGUGAGCCAGAGGAAACCAAAGAUGCACUCCAGUCAACAGAUGCAGACCCAAGCCUCACCUUCUCCCAGCACUCAGGCAGCCUGGUGGGGGAGGCAGUAGCGGUUGCUGCAGCAGCGGCGGGGGCUGGUAGCUUCACUCCACAGCCACUCAGACCUACCAACCAGCCACAGACCUUGGAGGACCUUGUGGCCUUGCCGGGUGCAUCAGGACUCCAAGGGAAGAGUUUAUGGGAAGGUGACCGAGCGUUACUGGGAAUGCCUUAUGAAAGCUACUCUACCAACCAACCCAGAGCUUCACAAAUGGAUGAUGGAGGAUUUGUGGGCAUGCCAAGCAGUGUUGGGAAUCGCUUUACUUGUAGCUUCUGUCACAAGACAUUCGACCACAAGAACAACUUCAGGAAACAUGUGCGGACUCACACAGGAGAGAAGCCAUACCUGUGCUCUUACUGUUCCUACUGCUCGGCACGCUCAGACCUUUUGCGUAUCCAUGUAUUGAAGAGGCAUCCCUAUACAGCUAUGUGAGAAGCCACACUUUUGAUGGCAGACAACAUGCAUCUAUUGGACACUGUUCUGUUUUAUGGUCUUACAUUGUUUUAUAUUUUAUUUUUUAUAUAUUUAUCUUAUUUUCUCCUUUCUUCACAUCAGAUCUUUUCAUUUUUCUCUUAACUUCUUACAAAUGAUCCACUUUGCUAUUUUCUAUGCACAAAUUUCUGUGCAAAAUUUGUUAGUAUAAAAGGGUGAUGCCAACCGACAGUCAAAAGUCUCGUUAAUAACAAUGCAGAUUAUCACCCACAUGUACAGUUGCUCACAUUUAUAAGGAAAAGCUUUCACCUUUAUGUUGGGAUGAGACCAAUGGCAGUAGAAGCUUUAAUAAUGACAAGUGUGGCUGAGGAUGCUGAGGGAUGGACAGGUUGGCGUCAUUCACUGCUGCAGACUUAAAUGAUAGCAAAUGUAAGUUUGAAAGUGGCUUUUAAGUGGCAAAACAUUGAUAUAUAACAGAUUACAAAAAGGAAGCAUUUAUGUGAAAUGGCAUUAUAAUAAGCUGUGAGGAAAGAAACGUCUUUCCCAUAUCAUGUGGAAAGGGAAUGCUGGAUGUUAACUUUGAGGAAAUUAGUUUUUUUUUUCUUUUUCUUUUUUUCUGCAAGGUACUAACAGUUCACCUUGGAAUUUUGAGUAACUUUACUCAGUAGUACUGAUACAUAAAUACAAGUAAUUGUUAAGGAAAUAUGGGCUCUUUAAACCAAAAUUUUUAUACAUUUUCAUCUUUAAAUUUAACCCAUCUUAAAUUUGAAAUUAAACCAAACAUAACAUAGCCAAACUUUAUAUAAGCAAACUUAGAACAAACUUUUCCUGACUCUAAAUUAAACUUUAUGUAUCCUAACUUUCUAUAUAUCAAUAUACUCAUCCUAUACAGGGUGGCUCACAUAAAGCAUCCUACAUUCUCAUAUACACACUAUUCACACUCUCAGCUUCAUUAGUCUCUAAUAGAAAGUAAGUUGUGGACCACUCUAUUGCACCCCAGGAGCUGACAACAUACUUCCAUAGGAAACCCCAUCCUAACUUGACUUAAACAAAACUAAAUUGAGCUAUACACACACACACACACACACACACACACACACACACACACACACACACACACACACACACACACACUCAUUUGAACAUAACUCAUAAACCUUAUUGAGUUUUUUUUUUUACAUAAAAUUUUUCAGUUUGUUGCAGAAUGAUUAACUGUCAGGUUUUGUAUAAUGAUUGGUUAGUUAAGAGAGAGAGAGAGAGAGAGAGAGAGAGAGAGAGAUGGCAGGGAAGGGAUAAGAAUGAAGUCAUUACAAUAAUCAAAACUUACUCCACAGCACAGAAUAAAAUAUUCUUAUUAUAAACACAAUACUGAUAAUGUCUUGUGAGUGUAAUCAUACACUUCCAUACAUACCUAUUCUUUGUUUGUUGUUUUAGAUUUAUUGUACUUUUGAUUACCAGACAAGUUGAUCUCUUGGCCAUAUGUAAAGAUUUGUAGCCACACUGCUUUCAACUGCUGUUGGUCCAUGGCACUCUUAACCCAAACUGUUUUAUCAAUGUGAAUAACAGAGCUGAUAUUUUGUGAUGGGUUGUGUGUAUUCAACUGCUUGGAACAUUACAUAUGUUUGUAACUAGUUCGAGUGUUUGUAAAUAAUAGUGUUGGUUUGAUUUGUAAAAUUUUAUCUGAGAAGCCAAAACUUUGAAAUACAGAUUGAAGUACUAUUUGUG